CGAUACGUCGGGCGUUCACACUGGCAGAGGAAGGCCUAUCGCCACAGUCGGAAUCCGCAGUCUCCCGGCACCAUGCGCGCGCGCACCGCACCUGCUCUGCUGCUCGUAGCCAUCAUCGCAUCGCUUCACUCCAAUGCGGAAGCAUGCGAACCGGGAGAACUGCAGAAUGGCUGCAAAAUCUAUGGCACCUCCUGCACCUGUGGAUAUGGAUGCAAAACAGAAUACAUUUAUAGAUCACGGCGCGAGUGCUUGAACGUUCUCACAGAGAAGAACUCGAACAUCUGCUCUCGGCGACCGUGCAUUAGAGGCAUUUGCCUACAAACCAUGCAGGACCCCGGCUUCACGUGCAAGUGUGAAGGCACCGGCUAUUACGGCAUGCGCUGCGAAAAAGCCUGCCCAACAGUGCCCACGCGAGGUUUGGUGUUCCCCCACGAAUGUAUCGUCAUCUGAGAGUGUCGACUACCUAAUUAUCUAUUUAUUAUUCUAUACAAAGCUCAGCUUUAUGUACAGUUAAGAUAAAUCUAUAGUAAAUAAUUGUAAUAACGCCUACUUAGUUAUUUAAGGUAAUGUGACAUAGAAAUAUAUUGAACUGCCUACCUACAUGCCUUGUUCCAACGUCGUAUAUCUUUUGAUGUGCCGAUAUAUAUUUUAUACCUACUCGAUAAUUUGUUUUGUAUGGCGAGAAAACAAAAUACAUAACCGUAACCGUAACGGCGUACAGUGUUGUAACCGUUUGCGUAACUAGUGUAUAAUGUGUUAUGUAGAUAGUUAUCAAGAUUGGUCUGAAAUGUUGUGUAUGUCGUAUUAUAAUCAAAUGAGCAGACGGUAUCAACGUUUGCGCGUCGUGAGACGUAUUCUCUGCGACCGAUUGUCUCUUCAAUAUUUUCUCAUUCGCUCCACAUAGCGACAAUCGCGUACCUACGUUGUGUUGAUGUAGAUCGCCUAAAUAAUAUGACCAGCUUAUUUUAAAGAAAAUAUGUAUGCGUAAAAUAGAAUAGACAACGUGGUUGAACAAGAUGCGUACUCUAUUAUGUGAUUUAUCAAAUUGUUUUAUUGUAGUAUUCAAUAAACAAUAACAAAGUCUGUACUAGUAAACGCAGGAGAUCCCUCGAACUGUACUAGAAUCACGUACAUUUUAUGUUGCCCGGCUUCGCAGUGCUUAUUUAUACAAUGCACGAUUUACACAACUUUGUGAACGCUGUUACUCCUUUUCGCUGCCGACAACAAACUAUAUUGUAAAUUAAAAUGUACUUAUUUAAGUAUAUUUCGUAUGACUGUACAGAUAGGAACCUUUCCAGGCUUGUAGUAGAUAUACUUACUUACAUCAUCGGUUCACAGGCUCAC